CAUUAGUGUGCAGGCAGCUAAUCGCGCGAUGCGCGAUGGGGGGGGAACAAAACUUUUGGCAAAUCCCAUGAAAUCACUUGACUAUGGCGGAGGGAUUCUCCACCGGGAGGAAGCGAGAAGAUCAGGAAAUGAACUUAAAGAUGUCAGCAGUUGUAGUCGUGCACGGUGGGGCGUGGGCUAUACCGGAUGACCUGGCCAAGGCCUCUGUUGAUGGAGUAAAGGUUGCAGCAUGUGAAGGGUUUUCAGUGCUGAGAGGAGGAGGUAGUGCACUGGAUGCUGUUGAGGCAGCUGUGAGGACUCUGGAAGAAAAUACUGUGUUUAAUGCAGGGCAUGGAGCAGUGCUAAAUGCUGAUGGAGAAGUGGAGCUGGAUGCCAUUAUCAUGGAUGGAAGGACACUUACCAGUGGUGCCGUGUCUUCAGUGAAAAACAUCGCCAACCCUGUGUCACUGGCGCGGGCUGUAAUGGAAAAGACAUCCCACAUCAUGUUGACAAGCAGAGGUGCAAACCUGUUUGCAGAGAGCAUUGGCAUGGCCACAGUUCCCACUGAUACACUGGUGACUGAGUAUGAGAGGAACGAGUGGGAGAAGCACAAGAACUAUCUCACUGAAGUAAUGCAGGAUUUCAACUGUCAGUGGGCCCAUGAUACUGUUGGGGCGGUAUCUGUGGACUCUGCUGGUAAUGUUGCAUGUGCAACAUCAACUGGAGGGAUCAGAAAUAAAAUGAUUGGCAGAGUGGGAGAUUCUUCGAUCAUAGGCUCUGGAGGAUACGCAGACAACUUUAGUGGUGCAGUGUCUUGUACCGGUCAUGGAGAGUCCAUUCUUAAAGUCACAUUGGCCAGACUCAUUCUGUCACAUAUUGAACAAGGUAAAUCAGUAGCAGAUUCUUCACAGGUGUCUCUGCAGUACAUGGGAGAACGUGUCCGUGGUGCAGGAGGCGCUAUCGUAGUUUCUCCGUCAGGAGAGUGGGCCGCCACAUUUACCACAGAGCGAAUGGCUUGGGCAGCAGUGGAUCAAGAUGUUCUUUGGUACGGAUUAGACCCAAAUGAAAGAUCUAAAGAGCAGUUAUCCCAAUAUAUAUAGUAGUAUAUUAUUCAUCUUAUAUACAGUAUGCAAUAAUCCCAAUAACCAUUUUAACAUAUUUUAAAUACUUAUUAGUCAUAUAAAUGACCAAUAUAACUGUAUUUCUUAGGAUUUCCACUAAUUCACUACUUCAUUUUCUACUGUUGUUUUUAGCCACAUUAAACAAUUAUUUUUUCUUGUCUCUAAUCUAGGAUGCCUACGGCAUGUACUGUGCAGUACAUCUGUACAGUGAAAUAUAUUAUUAAUAAUAUAUUAUUUGUAUCGAAUUCUUAAGAUGUAUGAUUUGAGCAUCUAGUACAUACAUUUACCUAUUCUUUUCUCAUCCCCUGAAUUCUGGAUUACAUUUUACAUAUAAUAUCAGAUGUCUGCUUUAUUUUAUUAAAAUCUCCUUAACAUUGUGUUAGUUUAUUUCUCCACAUCCACUGUCCAACUCCACAUUUGAACACCUAAUCCAAUUAAGGUCUAAACAUUUGCUAACAUCUUAGACGGGUAAAAGCAGACUGCUACAUUGGAAAUGCAUCUGUAUAAAUGUGUUUUCCCAAUUUUAUAAACUUCCAAGUUACACAAGUAUUCAAAGUCAUUGUGUGUAGAUCAUUGUGACCAUAGGAUGCCUUUUAAAUUCAAUUUGA